AAUAUUAAGAGAAAUAUAUUUUAAUAUUAUUUUAAUGGUUUUAGUUUUGAAUUUUAAUAAUAAUCAAUCCGAGAGUUAUUUUUCUAAAUUAGUUAAUUUUUAUAAAAAUAUUGAUUUAACUUUAAUUACAAUGGAAAUCAAUUUUGAACCUAUUUCUAAUAUUGAUGAUGAUAUUGAAUUAACUCAAAGCGGUGAAAGCAAAAUAAUUGCAAAGAUUAACAAUAAUAUUGGUAAUCUUUCCUGUUCUCUCUUUAGCAAAGUCAUUCAAAAGCAUUUUAAUUUUGGUUUUGAAGCAGAUCUGAAUUUGACUUUUUACUUUAAAAUUCUUUUAUCUUUUAUAAAUGAUAGAAAAUUUGUCUACAGUAUUUGUUCCAGUUUAUUGUCAAUGUCAUACGCUCAUAUCCUCAAAAAUAGGUUUUAUUUCUUUAUUGAUACUACUCCAAUAUCACAUUUGUUAAAGGGAUUGAUAUUAUUGAAUUGUUCAGAGUUCAAACAAUCUUCUAAUGUAUUUAAAGAAAAUGCUGAAUUAAUUUUAUCUUACAGAAUUACCAAAAAAGAAUUUUUAUCUUUACAAACAAUAGAGAAUUUAAACAUUUUUUUUGAUAAAAGUGAAGCUGUUGAUGACGACAUUACAGAAGAUUUAACUCCAUUGAAUAAAUCUCUAUCCACCUAUUAUUAUAAUCUUUCACUUUUAUUUGCUGAGAAAUUUUGUUUUUCUGUUUCUUUAGAUUUGGGUAAUUUAGCAUUAAAUGCCGGAUCAAAAGAGAAUGAUGAAAAAAUCACUGAAAGAAAUUGUUUAAAUUGCUUCAAUAUUUAUUUGGAAUUAUCAGAUUUUGAUGGUGCAUAUUCUACAUUAAUGAAACUAAAUUCAGAUUCAAUUCAAUUAGAAUGUCUUAAGAAGUUUAUUAAUAAAAUUUUCAAUUCCUCAUCUAACGAUUUAAAAAAAUUAAUUUCCUACCCAUUUAUAGGUAUUGAUGAUUACGUUGAUGACAUUUUGUUUCAAGAGGCCAAUUCCUUUGAUUUUAUCAACACUUCAAAAGAAGAAUACUGGAACAAUUUCUCUAAGGGAUUAAUGUAUUUCAAAGUAUUAUAUUCAUGGAGAUUAAACCACAAUAAUCCAAGAGGCGCUUGUGAAGCUUUAUAUCAUGUUAUUAAUAAGUACAAGUACUCUUUAUCGAAUAAAACUCAAAAAUCUUUAGUUAUGACAAGUAAUAAGAGCUCUUUUAAAAAAAUAAAAAACCAAACAUUGAUAGUUUUUCAACUUUAUAGUAUUAUUCUAAAUCUUUUAAAGACAUUCAAGGAAACAGAUAAACAGUGGCUACUAAAACACAACUUGUCAAUGAAUAUCGAUAAGUCUUAUGAAAAGGAAUAUGAAUUGGUGACACUUGAAGAAUUAAAAGAAGAAUUUAAUUCGUGGACAAGUGAAAUUGACCAGUCUUUAAAAGUAGAGAUUUUAUGAAUGGUUGUGUGGUGUUUUAUAAAUCAGUUUUAUACAUAUAGGUUUGUUUUGAAUAAAAAGUU